GGUCGGGACGGGGGAGGCUCCGCCGCCAUUUUGUUUGCGUGAGGGGUGAGGGGGGCACGGUGCUGGGGAGCCUGACGCGGGGGCAGGAGGCGGCGGCCCGGGGUCGCGCCCAACACUCGUACCGGGGGGAGCCGGUGAGGGCGGGUCGUGCGGCGGCAGCAGGCACCGAGGCGGGGCGCCUCCGCCAUCCUUCGCAGUCAUGUACAUCAAGCAGGUAAUCAUUCAGGGCUUUCGAAGCUACAGGGACCAAACCAUUGUGGACCCAUUCAGCUCAAAACACAACGUCAUUGUGGGAAGAAAUGGAUCUGGGAAAAGCAACUUCUUUUACGCAAUUCAGUUUGUCCUCAGUGAUGAGUUUAGUCAUCUUCGCCCAGAGCAGAGACUGGCUUUGUUGCAUGAAGGUACAGGCCCUCGUGUUAUUUCAGCCUUUGUGGAAAUUAUUUUUGACAAUUCAGACAACAGGCUGCCGAUUGAUAAAGAGGAAGUGUCACUUCGCAGAGUCAUUGGAGCCAAGAAGGACCAGUAUUUCUUAGACAAGAAAAUGGUGACGAAAAAUGAUGUAAUGAAUCUUCUUGAAAGUGCUGGAUUUUCUCGCAGUAAUCCCUACUAUAUUGUCAAACAAGGAAAGAUCAACCAGAUGGCCACAGCUCCCGACUCUCAAAGACUGAAGUUACUAAGAGAAGUAGCUGGUACAAGAGUGUAUGAUGAGCGUAAAGAGGAGAGUAUUUCACUAAUGAAAGAAACAGAGGGCAAACGAGAAAAGAUCAACGAGUUGUUGAAAUACAUUGAAGAGCGACUGCAUACUCUAGAAGAGGAGAAAGAAGAGCUGGCUCAGUACCAGAAAUGGGAUAAAAUGAGGAGAGCAUUAGAAUACACCAUUUAUAAUCAAGAGCUGAAUGAAACCCGAGCUAAGCUUGAUGAGCUUUCUGCCAAACGAGAGACAAGUGGAGAGAAAUCCAGGCAGCUGAGGGAUGCACAGCAAGAUGCUAGAGAUAAAAUGGAGGAAAUAGAACGGCAAGUUCGAGAACUGAAGACAAAGAUUUCGGCAAUGAAAGAAGAGAAGGAACAACUUAGUGCUGAAAGACAGGAACAGAUUAAACAGAGGACUAAAUUAGAGCUGAAGGCUAAAGACCUGCAGGAUGAAUUAGCUGGCAACAGUGAACAAAGAAAAAGACUGUUAAAAGAGAGGCAAAAGCUUCUGGAGAAAAUUGAGGAGAAGCAGAAAGAAUUAGCAGAAACGGAGCCGAAAUUCAACAGUGUAAAAGAAAGAGAAGAGAGGGGUAUUGCUAGACUUGCACAGGCUACGCAGGAAAGAACAGAUCUUUAUGCAAAACAAGGUCGAGGAAGCCAGUUUACUUCCAAAGAAGAAAGGGAUAAGUGGAUAAAGAAAGAACUGAAGUCUUUAGAUCAAGCCAUCAAUGACAAGAAGCGACAGAUUGCAGCUAUACACAAGGAUUUAGAGGAUACAGAGGCAAACAAGGAGAAAAACUUGGAACAGUACAGUAAACUGGACCAGGAUCUUAACGAAGUGAAGGCUCGUGUUGAAGAACUGGACAGAAAAUACUAUGAAGUGAAAAAUAAAAAGGAUGAACUACAGAGCGAAAGAAAUUAUCUAUGGAGAGAAGAGAAUGCAGAGCAACAAGCUCUUGCUGCGAAGCGGGAGGAUUUAGAAAAGAAACAGCAGCUUCUCAGAGCAGCAACAGGAAAGGCCAUUCUCAAUGGGAUAGACAGCAUAAACAAAGUUUUGGAGCACUUUCGUCGAAAAGGCAUAAACCAGCAUGUUCUAAAUGGCUAUCAUGGCAUUGUAAUGAAUAACUUCGAAUGUGAACCAGCUUUCUACACCUGUGUUGAAGUUACUGCAGGGAACAGGUUGUUUUAUCACAUUGUGGAUUCUGAUGAGGUCAGUACAAAGAUCCUAAUGGAAUUUAACAAAAUGAACCUUCCUGGAGAAGUUACUUUCCUCCCUCUGAACAAGCUAGAUGUGAGAGAUACUGCUUAUCCUGAGACUAAUGAUGCCAUUCCUAUGAUCAGUAAACUGAGAUACAAUCCAAGAUUUGACAAAGCUUUCAAACAUGUUUUUGGAAAGACUCUAAUUUGUCGUAGCAUGGAAGUGUCUACCCAGCUGGCCAGAGCUUUCACUAUGGAUUGUAUUACUCUGGAAGGUGACCAGGUCAGCCAUCGCGGUGCUUUGACUGGAGGUUACUACGACACCAGGAAGUCUCGGCUUGAGUUGCAGAAAGAUGUUAGAAAGGCAGAAGAAGAACUUGGUGAACUCGAAGCAAAACUCAACGAAAACUUACGCAGAAACAUUGAAAGGAUUAACAAUGAGAUUGACCAGCUAAUGAACCAAAUGCAGCAAAUUGAGACACAGCAGAGAAAGUUCAAAGCCUCUCGAGACAGUAUUUUGUCAGAGAUGAAAAUGCUGAAGGAGAAAAGGCAGCAGUCUGAAAAGACCUUUAUGCCUAAGCAACGCAGUUUGCAGAGCUUGGAGGCAAGUUUACAUGCUAUGGAGUCAACUAGAGAAUCAUUAAAAGCAGAACUGGGGACUGAUUUGUUGUCUCAGCUCAGUCUUGAAGACCAGAAACGUGUGGAUGCUCUUAAUGAUGAAAUUCGCCAACUACAGCAAGAAAACAGACAGCUUUUGAAUGAGAGGAUUAAACUAGAAGGCAUUAUCACAAGAGUUGAAACAUAUCUCAAUGAGAACCUGAGAAAACGCUUAGACCAAGUGGAACAAGAACUGAAUGAGCUUCGAGAAACAGAAGGUGGCACAGUUCUUACUGCCACGACAUCGGAACUUGAGGCUAUUAACAAGCGAGUGAAAGAUACACUGGCACGGUCAGAUGAUCUGGAUAAUUCCAUUGACAAAACAGAAGCAGGAAUUAAAGAGCUCCAAAAGAGCAUGGAACGCUGGAAGAACAUGGAAAAGGAGCAUAUGGAUGCCAUUAACCAUGAUACAAAAGAACUUGAAAAAAUGACUAACAGGCAAGGCAUGCUCCUCAAGAAGAAAGAGGAAUGCAUGAAGAAGAUCCGAGAGUUGGGUUCCCUUCCACAGGAGGCUUUUGAAAAGUAUCAGACUUUAAGUUUAAAACAGUUGUUCCGCAAACUGGAGCAGUGCAAUACAGAACUGAAGAAAUACAGUCACGUCAAUAAAAAAGCUUUAGAUCAGUUUGUGAACUUCUCAGAGCAGAAGGAAAAAUUGAUAAAAAGACAAGAGGAACUAGACAGGGGCUACAAAUCCAUCAUGGAACUGAUGAAUGUCCUUGAGCUCAGGAAAUAUGAGGCUAUUCAGCUGACUUUCAAACAGGUGUCGAAAAAUUUCAGUGAAGUAUUCCAGAAGUUAGUCCCUGGUGGCAAGGCCACGUUAGUGAUGAAGAAAGGAGACGUGGAGGGCAAUCAGUCCCAGGAUGAAGGUGAAGGCAGCACUGAGAGUGAAAGGGGAUCAGGAUCUCAGAGCAGUGUUCCAUCUGUAGACCAGUUCACUGGAGUUGGCAUAAGGGUAUCGUUCACAGGGAAGCAGGGCGAAAUGAGAGAAAUGCAGCAACUUUCAGGUGGACAGAAAUCCUUGGUGGCCCUAGCCCUGAUAUUUGCUAUCCAGAAAUGUGACCCAGCUCCAUUUUACUUGUUUGAUGAAAUCGACCAAGCCUUGGAUGCUCAGCACAGAAAAGCUGUUUCAGAUAUGAUUAUGGAACUAGCUGAACAUGCUCAGUUUAUUACAACAACUUUCAGGCCUGAACUGCUCGAGUCAGCUGACAAGUUCUAUGGUGUAAAAUUCAGAAACAAGGUUAGUCAUAUUGAUGUGAUCACGGCAGAAAUGGCCAAAGACUUUGUAGAAGAUGACACCACGCAUGGUUAAAUGAAACUGUACUUACUGCUUGUUUGGAAGAUGUGUAUAGUGCUAUGUUUAUGCCAAGGACCUGUAAAUUUGAAAUAAGAAGUAUUUAGUCCUCGUUUAAAAUAGCUUUUGAACAUACAUUUUAACCAAGACCCCAGAAGGCUUAGUUUCGAAGGAGCUUGAGUAUCCAUUUUGUCUCUGUUGCUGUAUUUUAUAAGAUAACUGUUAAUGUUACCUUUAUACAGUACCUGUAGUUUGGAAAUUUUAUUCUCUUCCCUCAAACCUUUUGUAAAGUGUCUGUUGCUGUUUUAAAGCUCUUCAGAAAGUGCUAGCUCUUCCUUCUUAAGUAUAAUUUUAUCAUUUCUAUUGCCUCACAUGAGUUUUUUUUUUUAAUGGCUUCAAUUAAAAUGAUUGGUUUUAUUGCUGUAACUUGUAUACAUUAAGUUUUUGGUUUAUGUUGUCUUCAGAGAAUUCCACUGAGACGGAGUAAAUGCUGUUUGGUCAUAUUGGGCCUGCGUAUUUCAGCAGUAUGAGACAAAGCAAUUCUUUCAAGCCAUUCUUCUCUUCUCCCCCCGCCUUUUGCACAUUGCCAAGGCCAGCAGAUAACUGCCCCAAAUCUGAGCUUGUCAAAAUUCAUAGUGUUCUGGUUACUAAACUCAAAAAAAACCGCGCAGUAAGAUUCAGAAGAUACUGAAAAGUCUGAAAAGACCCUGGAAAUCUUACCAAAACAAAUCACAGCCCCCUCUUUUUUUUCCUGGCACCUUGGCCAGUGUAACAAUUCCUCCAUCAUAUCCCUUCAGCCUGAAAGACCAGCAGAACUUGGGCCAAGUGACAGUCACCAGUCAAAAUAUGAGUCUCUUCCUUCUGUCUAGGCUUUUGGCAACGGGGUAGUGAAUAAUUGGAUGUGGUGUUCUGGAAAACUUCAGGUUUUACCAUGAGCAAUACGUUUCUUAGAUAGCAAAGCAGUUGUAAAACCAGAAUCAGUUGAUGUUGCAAUAGUAGAUAUAUAUGUAAAAGAAAAUAACCUGGAACAGUACCUUAUGUAACUUUAAAUAGUACAGUGAGAAACAGUGAACUUGUGUAUUGCAUUUAUUCUGUAGGGCACUUUCAACAAAGCAGAAGAAUAAAGCUGUCCAAUAGGUUUUCAUCUGCAAGCACCCUUGCUUCCCACUGAGAAAUUUAGGAAGUGCAGGAAGAGAGAGCAUGAACUUAUCACAGGUCUCCUGAGCUGAGGAGUACGUAUAUUUGCCAUACAAGGCAGGGUAAGAAAAGAAUGCUAAAGUUGGUAUGGAGUAGCUUCCCCAGGGAAUGAUAAUCAUGUAGGAAGUUGCUACCUGCAGUAAGUCUUAAGCCAGAAGGAAGAGGAUGUUGUACCUGACAUAACAAAGCUUUCUGUAGUUCUGGGGAGUCACUAGCUACAUAGUAGGCUUCUCUUAGUGAAGAGAAGCAAGGGUACAAAACAUGCAACAAACCUGAAGCCAGAGUAACCCCAAAGUCCCAGAAUUUUUAGUCUGUGAAUACACUUUAUAUUCAAGAACCCUGAAGAAAUGUAUCCUCUGCAUAGAGAGUUCUGAAUAUGCAAAGCAUUUCUGAGUUACAGGUGAAAUGAGUUCAAAGUCCAGGGAAGGACCUGAAGAACCUUGCCACAGAUUCAUACCUCAGGUUGACUGAUUCCAUGCCAUUUGAUCCGGUGCAUGUAAGGACACACUUGAAGUGUCUGUAAUCUAUGACCGUCAGAUACAUGACUUGCCUGUGGUAACAGCAGGCUGUGCUUUCAGCUAACUCCAUAGGCUUGCCAGUGCUAGGGCAUCAGCUUGACAGUUGUUAGUUUGAACUUUGGGAAGAGAGAAGCAGUUCAGAGACUGUGAAGCUGUGCUUAUUAAGAAGUGUCAUCCUAAAUUCAUCUAAGUCUGAUCAUGACUUUUAUCAAAUAAUCUCAUUAAAGUGGAAGUAGACUGGUAGAGCAGAGGUGGUUGUGGUUUUGGUUGGGGUUUUUUUUGUACUGUGCUCAGCUUAAUGGUGCCUCAGUGCAGCCGAAUAACUUGAGUAGUUUGAGCUGUGAUAGGAAUUUUUCUCUGGGUUGAGUCUAGCAUUAAGUUUGUUAUCAAGCACUGUAGGACAAUGGGUAACAAGCUGGUGGAAACACAACCCAGUGUUCAGUUGUGUUUCCACUUGUCUGUUCUUACUGUAUACAGUAAGAACAGACAAGCUUUCAGCUAUUGCUUCAAAUGUCUUGUCUGCUAAAGACCAAGCUUUAGAAGUACUUACAUAAAACUUAGGAGAUUGAUGAAGACUUUCAUAAUCCCUUUUCAAGGUAAGUUUGGGGGAUGGUGCUUAUAUUUUAGAUUAAACCUAUAUGACUACUAAACUUAAUUCUGUCCUUUAAAAGUGGCAUUUCUAGGGAGGCUACUUUCUAAGCUGAUAGACACCCUGUUCUGUGAGCAGGCUUCUUUCCACAUGCUCGUUCUCAGUGCUGUGGUGCCUUUCUGCUCUGCAGCCACAUACUCCAAGAGUGAAAAAACUUAAAGGCAUCAGUUCCUUCACCUGAUUCACUGAGUGUGUUACCGGUAAUGCUGGUGUGAAUGGGACUGGAAUGGGAAGGGCUGAAACAACACACACCACCUCUUGCAGAUGGUAAAGCUCAGCCUUUGUGUGGUGCUGCGGAUGCCCUAUGGCAAGCUUGGGUUGCUAAAGUUAGGAGGUGUAGUCAGAAUUGAAGAAGGAUGGAGUAAGGUAGGUUAUUUAGCAAAAUCCAUAGCAGGUCAACUUGAGUGAUAGAACUGCAUGAAAGGAGGAAAACCAGAACCAUCUCUUGCUGUAUAUUUUAGGAAAGUACAAAGGAGGAAGGAUUGUCUUGGAAAAACUGCCAGUAUUGUAGAACCUAAAGGAGAAUUUUUGGUUUUCCCAAUCUGGUUUUGGCCAUGGUUAAGGUCAGGAGUGGCAGAGUUUUCUUUGCUGUCUAACCCCUUGUGAUUUGCCACAGAUUGCUGCAUACAUCUGAAGACGUGGCAUAGCUAUUUGUGAAAUGCAGCGAUCGGAGCAAUAGGUUUCCAAGGUGUGUGUUUGUUGUGUUCUCUUUGUGAUGGUUCAUAGCUGGUCUGCUCAACGUCAUAGUUUACAAGUUGCCUUUUCUGUCUGCCAGUGUGUUAAAUUAUUCCUAGUUCCUAGUUACUGUGUCGUUGGGUUUCUUCAUAGGUGUCCUAUUUAUUCCACCUGGAAGUUGAGGGAAGAAUUCAGAGAAACUAUACACUUGCUCUGAACUGUAAGGCAUCCCAGAAGUGAUAGAAAUCGUGGGUACCCCAUAGUGCAUCUACUGUUUAUGCUCAGGCAGCCUGGGCUUAGACGUAUUGACUGCAGGGUCUGCAUGGUGAUUGUGGUAGAUGCUGCUUAAGCAUGGCAACACAGGGCUGGUGGUUGUAUUGUGGGCAUUGUCAGCAGUACAGCCCCUAUUGCCUUAGUGAACUGGGAAAAAAUCACUGGUGCUGUGAUACA